GCCCCUCCACGUAUCGGAGACUUGUGGUUUAUCAGCUGCUGGCCUUGUCAUUUCGCGAUCCAACGUCCGACCGAACCCGUCCCUCAUCCGGUGUUUGUUCCACAAGACUCAACAACUCCACGCGACUCCUCCCUACGGCCCUUCUCCCCCAUUGACCUCAAAUUCCUUACGACGCGCCUGAUCCAUUGAACAAAAAGGGUACACGAUCUAGGAAACCACACAAUGUCGACGAUCACGGAAAUCACCAGUCUGGCCGACUUUGAGAAGCACAUUGCUUCCACACCGCCUUCCACCCUCCACAUCAUCUCGUUUCACGCACCAUGGGCCGCCCCAUGCGCCCAGAUGGCGACCGUCCUCGCGACCCUUGCCUCCGAGUACCCCGUCACCAGCCCCCCGCAGACAUCCUGGGUUUCCAUAAACGCCGAAGAGCUUAGCGAGAUCAGCGAGACCUACAACGUCACCGCCGUCCCCUUUCUCGUCCUCCUGCGCAACGGCCAGGUUCUUGAGACCGUCAGCGGCAGUAGCGCCGUCAAGGUGCGCAACGCGAUCGAGACACACGCGAAGAAGCCUGCUGCCGGCGCCACUGGCACGGUAAAUGGGAACCAGGGCGUCGAGAACGGCCCCAGCGCCGCCGCGCCGGUGGAGGAGGCUGUUGAUCCAGCCAAGGCCAAGGAAGAGCUGUUCAAGCGUCUGGCGGACCUCGUCAAGGCCGCCCCUGUUAUGCUCUUCAUGAAGGGCACCCCCAGCUCGCCCCAGUGCGGUUUCUCAAGACAACUUGUCGGCAUUUUGAGGGAGAACUCUGUCAAGUACGGCUUCUUCAAUAUUCUGGCGGACGAUGAGGUACGGCAGGGCUUGAAGGAGUACGCCGACUGGCCUACUUACCCUCAACUCUGGGUCGACGGCGAGCUGGUUGGUGGUCUUGAUAUUGUUAAGGAGGAAAUUGCCAAUAGCCCUGAUUUCCUUGGCCCCUACAGCACCAAGGCCAACGCAGAGGCUGCCGCUACCUCGUAAGCACCAUGGGAACAAGCAGUCUUCUGCCGAAUCACUCCGCCUGCUUCCCACGACACGAUCAAGACGUUCUUAAUGUCUUGAUGGUUACACAUACCCCGACUGCGCUCGAUUUACUCCUCUGCCCAGUCAUUCCAAGUCAAACCUGCCGCUGCUGUGUUUCCAGCUGAGAUGAUGACGGCAGUCUCUGGUGAUGCCUUGUCGGUUAUCAAGCGUAUUUUGUCUGACAAGCGAAGCGUGACACUUGCCUCCGGAUGAACCCUUUGAAAGUGACCCCUUUCAUGGGUGGUAGGAGAGUCUGUACACCACUUAUUGGUAUUUCUCCCUUCUUCUUUUAGGUUAAAAGUGGACGAAGCACUAGCAGAUGGACAGAGGGCUUGGGUAGCAUUGGGCAGACACCUAAUUCAAUGUGGUUUGAGGCCUACAAAGAGACAGGUUGGGGAUAUAACUUCGGAGGCAAGGACACUUCUAGUCAAAUGGGCGAGUCUUCGCGUUAUGGUCAACGAAAAUUGAACUAAUUGAAUCAUGCUUCUCUCUUAGGCGGGAAAGUAUUAAGCCUGCAAGCUGGUCCCUUCUUUGAUGUUAAUUCUUUUCACCUCAGAUACUUGGCAUCCAAAAAACGAAUACAAAAAAAAGCGAACAAAUGACUCCGAUCAUAGCAAUCUAUUGAAACUUCAUCUCUGUAUAUCUACAUCUAAUGGCCCAGCAAUCUGCAACAAAGAAGUCAUGCCGGAAAUCUCAUUGGCCCUUUCCUUCUACGGUCCAUCUUGCAAGCCAUGGUUACUUCCUCACGAGCUCCAAAACAAAAACACUUCACCUUCAAGUA